AUGGCUACAGAAAUAGAUAAAUGGAUCGAGAUCUCGCGGGAUUGUAAAUAUCUCCCGGAAAAUGAUUUGAAGAAAUUGUGCGAUUUAGUAUGCGAUCUGUUAUUGGAAGAGUCAAAUGUGCAACCUGUUUCUACACCAGUAACAGUUUGUGGUGACAUUCAUGGACAGUUUUACGAUCUAGAAGAACUUUUUCGAACUGGAGGUCAGAUUCCAGAGACAAGCUAUAUAUUUAUGGGCGACUUUGUAGAUCGCGGAUACUACAGUCUGGAAACGUUUACACGACUUUUGGCCCUGAAGGCGAAAUGGCCGGACAAGAUUACCCUUCUACGCGGAAAUCAUGAAAGUAGACAAAUAACUCAAGUGUAUGGAUUCUAUGACGAAUGCCAGAAUAAGUAUGGAAACGUUAACGCUUGGCGUUAUUGCACUAGAGUAUUUGAUUUGCUAACAAUUGCAGCGAUAAUCGAUGAACAAAUUCUAUGUGUUCAUGGCGGAUUAUCCCCUGACAUUAAAACUCUAGAUCAAAUUAGAACUAUCGACAGGAAUAUGGAAAUACCACACAGCGGAGCAUUUUGUGAUAUCCUUUUAAAUAACUUUUUGUUAUGGUCAGAUCCUGAAGAAGUUGAUACCUGGGCUGUAAGUCCUCGAGGCGCUGGAUGGCUUUUCGGAGCCAAGGUUACUAAUGAGUUCAUCCAUCUCAAUAAUCUAACUCUCAUUUGCCGCGCUCAUCAACUGGUUCAUGAAGGCUACAAAUUUAUGUUUGACGACAAACUCGUUACAGUCUGGUCGGCUCCAAAUUAUUGCUACAGAUGCGGAAAUAUUGCUUCCAUAUUGACUUUUAGCGACGCUACGUCUUAUCAACCUAAAUUGUUUAGGGCGGUUCCAGAUGAAAGCCGAAUAAUCCCGGCCCGAAUAACCACUCCUUACUUUUUAUGAGUAGGACUUCUUGGCACUUUCUUUUGUCAAGUGAUGUAACAUUACCAAUAUAGAAGAUUUAGAUCAUUGCAGACAUUACUGAGAAUAAUCAACUAUUAUCGCUUACUAAAUUGAGUCAGCUAUUAUGAGAAACGUGUUAAUUCUUAAAUGUUAAGAACAAAGCUAAGUUCUAUAUCUUAGAUCUAAUAUUAGUAAUGAAUGCAGGGCUUAUAUCAGGUCCGGAUAAGUAAUUAAUCAUGUCAUUGUUUGCCAAACUUUGACAUAUUCACCCCUUUUUGCAUUUAUUUCUUAACGAUUAAGAAAAUAAAAAAGC